UGCCACUAGCACGGUAACACUGCCAGCCAUACUUUGAAAAAAAUUUACUUUGUUUACUAUCCGCUGCCGGCGAUUUAUAAACAAUGGCAGAUGCUUGGGAUAUAAAGUCGCUAAAGACGAAGCGGAAUACUCUCCGCGAGAAGCUGGAGAAACGCAAAAAGGAGCGCAUUGAGAUCCUGUCUGACAUCCAGGAGGAUCUAACGAAUCCCAAAAAGGAGCUCGUUGAGGCUGAUCUGGAGGUUCAAAAAGAGGUCCUACUGGUACUCAGUUCCUGCUCUUUGGCCUUGCCUAUCGUGUCCACUCAGGUGGUGGAAAAAAUUGCUGGCAGCAGCCUCGAAAUGGUCAAUUUCAUACUGGGGAAACUGGCCAACCAGGGUGCCAUAGUAAUCCGUAACGUAACCAUAGGCACAGAGGCUGGUUGCGAAAUAAUCUCAGUGCAGCCCAAGGAACUGAAAGAGAUCCUGGAAGACACCAAUGACACUUGUCAACAGAAGGAGGAGGAGGCCAAACGGAAGUUGGAGGUUGAUGAUGGCGAGCAGCCGCAGGAAAAGAGUCUAAAACUAGACACCAGUGCUGCUCGGAAGGAAUCUACCAGCUUGGACGCCCCCGACGACAUCAUGAUGCUGCUAUCGAUGCCUUCCACACGUGAAAAGCAGAGCAAACAAGUGGGCGAGGAAAUCCUAGAACUGCUUACCAAACCAACAGCGAAGGAGCGAUCCGUGGCAGAAAAAUUCAAAUCUCACGGCGGUGCGCAGGUCAUGGAGUUCUGCUCCCACGGCACCAAGGUUGAGUGCCUCAAAGCCCAACAAGCCACCGCAGAAAUGGCGGCCAAAAAGAAACAAGAGCGUAGAGACGAAAAAGAACUACGACCAGAUGUGGAAGCCAGCGAAAGCGGCGGAAAGCUCGCCAAGACAGUUGACUCUGUAGCCGAAGAUGGAGAAAUCAUCGCUGAAGGCCUUAACAACUGCGAAGCCGAGUCCCAAGAGUCCACCGAUGGUAGCGACACCUGCGGCAGCGAGACAACAGACAAAUGCACCAAGCUACACUUCAAGAAAAUCAUUCAAGCACACACGGAUGAGUCGCUAGGAGAUUGCAGCUUCCUAAACACAUGCUUCCACAUGGCCACCUGCAAAUACGUGCAUUACGAAGUGGACACACUACCCCACAUCAAUACCAACAAACCGACGGACGUGAAGACCAAGCUGAGCCUCAAGCGCAGUGUGGACUCCAGUUGCACCCUUUAUCCCCCCCAGUGGAUUCAAUGCGAUCUGCGUUUCUUGGAUAUGACGGUACUGGGAAAAUUUGCGGUGGUAAUGGCCGAUCCUCCCUGGGAUAUCCACAUGGAACUGCCCUACGGCACAAUGUCGGACGAUGAGAUGAGAGCUUUGGGAGUUCCAGCUCUUCAGGACGAUGGCCUGAUCUUUCUGUGGGUCACAGGUCGAGCCAUGGAACUUGGUCGCGAUUGCCUCAAGCUAUGGGGCUAUGAACGCGUGGAUGAACUCAUCUGGGUGAAGACCAACCAGCUGCAGCGGAUAAUUCGUACAGGUCGCACCGGUCACUGGCUGAAUCACGGCAAGGAGCACUGCCUAGUGGGCAUGAAGGGCAAUCCCACCAACCUUAACCGCGGUCUCGACUGCGACGUGAUUGUGGCAGAGGUGCGGGCCACCUCGCACAAGCCGGAUGAGAUCUACGGCAUCAUCGAACGCCUUAGUCCGGGCACACGCAAAAUUGAACUCUUCGGACGGCCGCACAAUAUCCAGCCCAACUGGAUAACACUGGGGAACCAGCUGGAUGGCAUCCGGCUGGUGGAUCCAGAGCUCAUUACACAGUUCCAGAAACGCUAUCCAGAUGGCAACUGCAUGUCACCAGCUGCUGCGAAUGCUGCGUCCAUCAACGGAAUACAAAAGUAGAAAUGAAAAAGUAUUUUCUGUGUGAAUUGAGGCCUCGACAAGCAAGAGUCCUCUACAGACUCGACUAUAAAAUAAAUUAUUAUUAAAGCUUUUUAC